UGUGUGUGUGUUUUUUUAGAGAGAGAAAGAAAGCUGAAGAAUGGAGAAAACAAUGGCGGAAGAAGAGCCUCUCUUGAAGGAGGAGGAUUGUAAUAAAAAGGGCGGCUUUAGGACUUUGCCUUUCAUAAUUGGGAAUGAGUCAGUGGAGAAGAUGGCAACUUAUGGUGUGAUGCCAAACAUGGCUCUGUAUCUGAUCAAAGAGUAUCAUAUGGAACUCACCACCGCUUCAAAUGUAUUGUUCAUGUGGUCAUCAGCCACUAAUUUCAUGCCACUUGUCGCAGCCUUACUAGCCGAUUCUUUCUUCGGCAGAUUCUACACCAUUGGAUUUGGCUCUAUUAUCUGCUUCAUGGGGAUGAUUCUUCUAUGGUCAACAACAAUAAUACCACAAGCAAAGCCUCCACCAUGUUCGAAUAACCCUAUUUGCUCCUCGGUCGCGAUCCCGCAGCUCGUUUUACUAUGUACAUCGUUCGUGCUAAUUUCAAUCGGGGCCGGAGGAAUAAGGUCUAGUUCGUUAGCGUUCGGUGCCGAUCAAUUGGAAAGAGGAGAAUUCAAGAGAAAAUCUAAUUUGAAAGAGAGCUAUUUUACGUGGUACUACGCUUCGUACACGUUCUCCGUUCUUAUCGCUCUAACUUGUGUCGUUUAUAUCCAAGACAACGUAGGAUGGGGUGUCGGUUUCUUAGUACCCGCUCUUCUAAUGUUGUUUGGUGUUGGUUCGUUCUUUUUGGCUUCUCCGUUUUAUGUCAAAUUGAAGUGUAGAUCGAGCUUAUUCACCGGCUUGGUGCAAGUGGUUGCAGCUUCUUUCAAUAAUCGAAGUCUCGAAUUAUCGGAUGGCACGAGUAAUUACACAUGGCAUUGUAGGAGCGGUUCAUCUCUCGUUUGUCCGAGCGAAAAGCUAAGAUUUCUAAACAAGGCGUGCGUUGUGAGAGAUCCCGAGACGGACCUAACCCCCGACGGUAGACCUAAAAACCCGUGGUGUCUUUGCACCGUCGAUCAAGUCGAAGAGCUCAAAUCGACGAUCAAGAUCCUCCCAAUUUGGUCAACGGGCAUGAUCAUGUCAAUUAACAUAAGUCAAACCUCGUUCCCAAUAAUCCAAGCAUCUUCGAUGAAUAGACGAAUAACGUCCAAUUUCACAAUACCAUCGGCCUCGUUCAACACAAUUACGGUAAUAUCCGUCAUACUAUGGAUUUUUCUCUACGACCGUAUUUUUCUCCCUCUAGCAUCUCGAGUCAUGAGAAGACCAAUUCGUAUAAGCCCCAAAACAAGAAUGGGAAUCGGGAUAUUUUUCUCGAUAUUGGCGAUGAUCGCCACGUCAGCGGUCGAGGGUGUACGUAGAUCCCUCCACGCGAGAAGCGGGGGAUCGCAGAUGUCGGCGGUGUGGUUGGUCCCGCAGUAUUGCUUGACCGGAUUCGCGGAAGCUUCUAACGUGAUCGCGCAAAACGAGUUUUAUUUCUCGGAAUUUCCGAGGAGCAUGUCGAGCGUGGCUUUGACUAUGAAUGGAAUCGGGAUGUCGUUGGCGAAUUUAAUAGCGAGUUUUUUGAUGAAUUUCGUUGAUUGGGUAUCGAAAAAAGGGGGGAAAGAGAGCUGGAUAUCGAGCGAUAUUAAUAAGGGGCGUUACGAUUAUUAUUACUUGGUGCUUGCUGGAUUGAGUGUGGCUAACAUGAUUUAUUUUCUUGUGUGUAGUAGUGCUUAUGGGCCUUUGAAAGGUGAGAAGAAAUUGGAGGAAGAGCAGGGUGAGGUACUGUAGAGAGUUUUUGGUUUGUUAGUUUUAGUAUAUAUGUUAAUUAUGUUUGCUAAUUGUAGUGUAAUAAUAAUCAAUGAUGUUGAAUUUAGUAAUAGAAAUACCGGGUAAAUUAUAACCACACCUGAGGUAUGGUCAAAUUACAAAAAAAUCCUUCUUGUUUGAAUAAUUAUAUAUAUUCGUC